AUGCUUAUCAAUAGAUCGUACUCUAACACUCUGCCAACAAAAUUAACUGGUAAACGCUUUGUUGAUUACACCACGGCAAAUCAAUUACUAUGUACUAUCAGUAACAAGGAUGCCAAGAUUAAGGCACUCACAGAGAAUAAUACAGCUAACUACAAGUUUGUUGAAGAAUUAGAAAUUGAGUUGAGUCGUUUACGUGAAGAACAUAUGAAUUGUCCUGCUCAACGUGAAUUAGUCAAUGUUCAGACAUCACCUAUAAUACGCGACUGGAUUCAGGAUGCAGAAACUGAAAUUUCUGCAAUCCACUUGCGUACUGAUCAAACAGUUAAUACUUCAUUAGCAACUACAAACAAUUUGAGGUUGCAAAAAUACUGCGAAUUAUGUACAGCAGCUUUUGAAAUAAAGAAGAAAGUGAUUCAAGAGACUGAAUGA